AUGGGGCUUCCAGGCAGAGAGAGUCCUGCUGCUGCUUCCCCUGCUGCUGCUGCUGCUGCUGCUGCACCAGCAGCAGCAGCAGCAGCAGCAGCAGCAGCAGCAGAGCCAGACUCGGGCGGCGCGUCCGGCGCCGAGCAGGAGCACCAGCAGCAGCAGCAGCAGGACUACCAGCAAGACCAGCAGCAGCAGCAGCAGCAGCAGCAGCAGCAGCAGCAGCAGCAGCAGCAGCAGGCCGCAGCAAAGGGCCCCGCAGGGGCCCCCGGGGGGCCCCCCGCAGGGGCCCCCAGAAGAUGGUGGGGCCUCAAGGGCCUCCUGGGUACAGCAAAAUGCGAAGGGGGGCCCCCCAGGGGGGCCCCCUGGGGGCCCCACUGCCGCAGGGUACAGAAAAGGGCCCCUUAUAGUCAAGUAGUGGGAGGCAAGAAUGUUGCAGUGCUGCUGAGGGAGCUGCAGGGGGAGGCAGGUAGGCCCUCUUACUUGCUGGAAACCACCAGCGAGCGCUCUCUCAUCUACGGGCUGCUAAACCCUAUAGUGCUUCUUGCUUUCUACAAGUUUGUGGAAGAGCACCGCCUGCAGCAGCUGACGGCGAUGAAACCUGUCAAGAAGUACGCAGCAGCAGCAGCAGCAGCAGCAGCAGCAACUGCAGCAGCAGCAGCAGCUGCAGCAGCAGCAGCUGCUGCCGCUGCUGCAGCGAAAAUGGCAACAUCGGCAGCCGGAUUGGCAGCAGCAGCAGCAGCAGCAGCAGCGUCUCACUGCAGUGGCUUGUAA